AUGCCUUGGAAAGAAACAUGGGAGGAAAAAGCCAUUAGAAAGCGUUCGUCACUUGUUGAUUUAAUUCCUAAAGAAUGGAGACUUCCAGAAUCUAUUUUGAAAUCACUACCAAAAGAUAGUACUGUGAUUCCCUCACAAUGUGGAAUAUUAUCCGAACUCGAUUUGGAAAUAACGGAAAUUGAUGAUAUCGAUGAGCUUGCUCGUCGUAUUAGCAUAUGUUUCAAAGAUCAAUUUAACAUAAAAGGAGUUGAAACUACCAUGGGUUAUGUUGGUUAUUUGGGAGACAUUUUGGAAUAUAAUUCGAUACUUGUUGAUUGUGUACUCUCCCUUGGUGCUGUGGUUUAUGUCAAAACGACUGUACCUCAGACUCUUAUGCUUGCUGAAACUCGUAGUAACCUACUUGGUGUGACUGUAAAUCCACGAAAUCGAGAAUUGAGCUGUGGUGGUAGCUCAGGCGGAGAGGGAAGUCUCGUUGCCUUAAAAGGAAGUAUCUGUGGUUUUGGAACAGAUAUUGGAGGGAGCGUGCGAACUCCAGCAGCUGUGAAUGGUAUAUAUGGCUUGCGACCGACUGAGGGACGAUUUCCUUAUGGAUUGGUGAAAAAUUCACUUGAAAGACAAGAAUCUGUUUCAAGUGUGGUGGGACCUAUAACGAGAUCUCUAGCAAAUGUUCGAACGAUUCUUAAAGCAAUUAUGGAAGCAAAACCAUGGUUAGUUGAUCCCAAAGUUCAUAAUAUUCGGUGGAGAGAAGAUAUGUUUCAAGAAAGUCAAGCAGCUAAAUUAUCCUUUGGUGUUAUUCGAUUCGAUCAUCAUGUUCAUCUCUCUCCACCUGUUCAACGAGCGAUUGAUAUGGCUGUUACAGCUCUGUGA